AUGAGCUCGCUGGACGACGAGAAGACGCCGCUCGUGGGCGCCGCGGGCGCCGCGCGCAGCUACCAGGGCGGCGCAGAGGCCCCUCGCUCGGCGCACGCGAGUCCGCUGCUGUCCGGGCUGUCCAGCGGCGACGCCGCCGCGGCCACGUCCCCGAGCCGCCCCAAGGCGCGCGUGCGCGUGGGGCUGGACGCCGCCGUGCUGGACAACCAGAAGAAGUGGAAGCGGCUCACGGACAUCGACGACGACAACAGCACGGCCAAGAGCAUGGCCAGCGAGGUGCAGCUCGAGUUCAUGAAGCACCGGCAGCAGCUCGCGCACGAGCAGAAGCGCCGCAUGGGCUCGGGCAUCCCCACGUACCACUUCGACUCGCCCGAGCACGCCGAGGAGGACGAGGCCGCCGCCGCCUCCGAGCAGGACCCGAUCCUGGCGGCCAAGGACUACGGCACGGCGCUCGAGGAGGACCGGUACCUCAUCGCCGCGGCCUUCAUCAAGGACGGCGUGCACGGCCGCAAGAUCGGCUACCGACUGGACCGCGACGCGCUCUUCCUGAACGAGCUGUUCCACUCCGAGUCGUACAGACUCGUGUACAUCCUCGUGGUGGCCAUCAUGUGCUCGCUGGCCUUCGUGGAGAACCCCGGGGACGAGGACAUCAACACGUACCUGCUCGUGGACCUGCUGUGCCUCUUCGUGUUCGGCGUCGACCUGGCCAUCCGCUGGUACAUGAGCUCCGUGGAGACCCAGCACAAGUACAUCUCGAGGCAGCCCUGGGCGGUGGUGAGGAUGAUCCUGCUGCUCAUCACGUGCGCCGACCUGCUGGUGAACCUGCUCUUCCCGACCAUCAACCCGUACCGGUACUCGCGCGCGCUAAGGCCGUUCUUCUUCAUCGCGAGGGGCAGAAACAUCCGCAUCAUCUUCAGCAGCUUCCUGCACGCACUGAGGGAGGUGCUGAUUGUGCUGGGGCUGAGCUUCUGCUUCAUCGCCUUUUUCGGACUCGUCGGAUACCUCGUCUUCUCGGACACGAGCGCCGACCGGAGCGCCACGUUCUUCAACUCGCUCUCGUCCUCCAUGUACACGAUGCUGCUGAUCCACAACUGCAUGCCGUACAUGGCCAAGAGCAUGUACCCGUACUACAAGAUGACCCACUGGAGUGCCAUCUUCUUCGUGCUGUUCGUGCUGCUCACCAACCUCUUCCUGCUCAAGCUCACUAUUGCCGUGUCGUACAAGUCGUACAAGAAGAACACGGAGAGCAUGCUCUACAAGCGCCUGCAGAAGCGCAAGGCGGCGCUCUACGCCGCCUUCGACAUCCUCGCGCAAAACGUCAACUUCGACGACGAUGUCCCCACGAACCCUGCAGCCCCGGGCGGCGUUGGCAGCGCACCGAUCAGCGGAGCGAGUGACAUCAGCCUGGUCUCAAAUGCGCCCAUGCUGAACGCGGCGAACCGCCGUGGGUCCUCGCGCUUCUUUCUAGGCACGUUCGACAAGCGCGCGUCCUUCAACAUCGCCAACCCCGGCCUGAGUACCAGUCUCGUGACGCCUGUGAAUAAGCGCCAGAUCUCGCUCGACUCGUGGAUCAGCGUCUGCGAGUACCUGAAGCCCAAGUGGACGGCCACGGACGCCGAGUUGGUGUUCAACACCGUGGACAUCGAGCAUGUGGGCUUUCUGGACCUGACGGAUUUCUACCAGCUCUGCUCACUGCUCAGCGUCAAGCUCGAGCGCCCGACGCUUUUCUCCAACAGUUUGAUGCGCCGCUGCUGCACCUCUCGUCAGCGCCACGCUAUCCGUCGCUUCCGCGCGCAGGUCCGCAGCACUUUGUUGUACGAAGUUCACCUCUUCGGGCGCUAUCGCGUGGUGCUGGCUGAGCUCGUGGUCGGCAUGCUCAUCUGUCUCUCGGUCGUCCAGGCCGUGCAGGUUAACAACAUCCAGUUGGCCUUCUCGGCGAACCACUCGUGGCGCCUGCUGGGCUUCUUCCUGCUAAACUUGUUCACGCUCGAGGUGCUGGUCAAGAUGUUCGCGUUCGGCUACAACGAGUUUUUCACGCGGCCGUUCUGCAAGCUCGACUUGGCAGUUGUGUGCGUGGGCUGGUUGUUCUACGUGCUCACGACGCUCUCGAACCCGCCCAACAUCUCGCUCGUGUUCUACGACAUGGCACUGGCCGUGCGCUCGCUGCGCUUCCUGAAGCUGCUGAAUCUCUUCCCGCCCUUCCACGAGAUCCUGUACACCAUGAAGGCCAUCAUGCCGCUGAUCAUGCAGCUCCUGCUCGUCAUCUUCAGCGUCAUGUACGCCUUCGCCAUCGUCACGCAGGCCAACUACGGCAUCGAGCUCCGCGACUUCCCGGCCAGCAAGCAGGCCAUGUCGCCAGGUUGGUACGCGCAGCGCGAGGAGUUCCAGGCCGAGACGUUCGAGGGCACUCUCGUGACGCUGUUCGGUGUGGCCAACCUGGCCGGAUGGGACGUUAUCAUGGACGCCGCGCACGCCAUGACCGGCUCGGACUCGACCUACGUCUUCUUCUUCGCGUACCGCAUCACAAUGAGCAACAUCCUGCUGCCGAUCUUUGUCGGUUUCCUGGUCGAGUCUUUCGUGUCGAAUGCCAAGACGGUGGAGUCCACGAUCCAGACCAGCUACGUCGACUCGGCCCACCAGAUCCCGGUCGACGACGAGGAGGACCGCAUGACGCUGCUGGAGACGCGCCAUUUGAAGGACGAGGACGACCUUGAAGGUGCUAGCCAAGCCCCGUUAUCGGCAGCGAAGUUACUGCAGCAGCGUCUGGUGGAUGAACCGCCGAUGUCGCCUAGCUCGGUGUCGGACUCGUCGGCGAGCGAGGUGCGCUUCAAGUACAAGCGUCGCGGCAGCGUCGUGCACGACCAGAUGUUCGACGCGGUGAAGCUGUCGGACGUGAGUCGCCUGACGCUGCAGCUGGAGCAGAAGGAGGAGGAGCUGGCCCAGCAGGACAUCGAGAUCCGCAAGCUGGAGGGCAACGUGCUGAGCAUGAAGAGCCGGCUGAACCAGUCGCAGCACGUGAUCCUGGCCUACGAGUCCAAGCUGGAGGAGCUCAGCUCGGCUCUGCGUGAGGCUCAGGAGCGCCAGGCCCGACUGGAGACAAGGCAACACCACUCGCUCCAACAAGGCCCGAAUUCGGAAGGAUCCCAAGGCGGUCGCGGACGCUCGCGCAGCACCCGCCCUCGUGACCGCUCGUCCUCGUGGAAGCUCUGGACUGCCAACGUGUAG